AUGGAUCCAGGUACACCAGAUUUUUCUCUUGAAGAACGACCCACCGGCGAACGUUGGGAUCCUCUAGGUGCUCCAAAUGACGAAGAGAGUGAUCUUGACUUAGACAAACUAAGUUUCGAUUGUGACCAGCAUCAAUAUUCUUUGGAAAAAAUACGAAGUCUAGAGGAAGAACAAGAACUUCUAAAUUCUUCAUUAUUUGCCUUGACUACCCAUUUUGCACAGGUACAAUUUCGGUUACGCCAAGUAGUUAUUGCUCCUACAGAAGAUAAAGAGGAACUUUUAAAGUCUCUUGAAGAAUUUGCUUUCAGAGGAAUUCCAGAUGUAGGGCUAGUAAAAGAACGUAUGGAUGAAGCUAGCUUAGCAGAAGCUGUUCGGUUAAGGCGUACACAACAAAAAGAACUGAUCAGUAGACUGAAAUCUCAACUGAGAGAGCUGGAACAGUAUGCCUUUGAAAACGGAGAAGCAGGAGUUCCCCAGGAUGUCUUAUUGGAACGGCAGCGUGUUAUUUUAAAUGAGCUCAAGACAAAAAUGAAUUUAGAGCUUGAUGAGCAAAAUUAUCAUCAGAUGACUCAAGCCGAUGUCAGCAAACAAAUAAGUGUAGCUCUUGAUCAACUAGUGAGUCCACUUCGCGUUAAAGAACAUCUUGUCGCACAAUUGAAAACACAGGUUGCUGACUUGGAAAGAUUCAUAAGUUACUUACAAGCCGAUACAAAGCAUAUAAAAUGCUCAUGUGGUUGUUCUUAUCAUGCUCUUAAACAACCUUAUAAGAGUGAAACUACAUUGGGUUUAAUACAAAAAACUGCUACUAUUUUACAAAUGUUUGCCGUAUUACAGUUGGGUUGUGGCUCAAAUCAUUUUAGAAAAAACGAUUUGAAAAAAACCAUGAAAGUAAAUCAUUGGGGUGAUUUACGGGCAAAACUCGAAAUGGCAGUGGCUAGGGUAAGAGAACUGGCAGAACAAAGCGAAGAUAAGGGUACUCAAGGUGACUACAGCAGUGACUCAGAAUCUCAAACAAUUAUGUGCAAUGUCCAACUCACUACAGCUGUGCGAAAAUAUUUAGCAAUGUGUAUAAGAGAUCUUAUCCAACAUGGUGCAACUUCAACACAAAGUUCUAGUCUCGUUCCGUUUAUCGGGUGUUUUCCUAGAAGAAGCUCUCUUAUUAAUACUCAAAUACAUGCCUGGGAGAUUAUUCUAGAGUAUUAUCACAUGAAAAAUGGUGAGAAAUACAAUUCGACCCCAGCAAGAAAGUUGUCUCAAAGUUUUAAUUUGGACAUAGCUGGAGCUGCUCCUUCCUCAAACAAACACAAUAUGCUUUGUUGUAUUGGCAAUAUUAUUUCCACACAUACCCCAUAUAAAAGAAGUUUUGAUUCUCAUUUCAAAGCAUUUAUUUGUGCCGCUUUGAAUGCUAAUAAACUUGUUCCCUGGUUAAAUCUAAUUUUCACUUGCAAUCAGUUGAUGAAGAUGCAUUACCAACCUUGGAGCUAUGUUGCAAAGACAGGUUUCCAAGACAGUCUAAAAAGUCUCGACACCUUAUCAGGGUAUAAAUUUGAGCUGCCUGUCGAUCUCGCAAUUAGACAAUUUCAAAAUAUUAAAGAUGUAUUUACUUAAUAUUUAGUUACACAUUCUAGUCAUUCCUUACCAUUUUAGUUUUAAGA